CACGUCUGGUUCUGGAGACUAGACUGGUUCUCAGUUCUCAUCUCAGUCGCCAUCUUAUCUCCGUUAUGUACUGAUGGCAGUGUUAGCUCUUGUGUCAAUAUUUCCAGUGUAAAGUUUACUCAACAGUUAUUGUUUUACAUGUUUGUGCGGUAGAUCAAAUGUUUUAAUUGUAAAGUAGUCGGGAAAUAUACAAGUGCAAAAAUGGCGGGGCAAACUAUGACAGAUAGACUUUUGGCAGCUCGACACAGUAUCGCCGGGCAAGGAUUAGCCAAAUCAGUUUGUAAAGCAACGACAGAAGAAUUGAUAGGACCAAAAAAGAAACAUUUAGAUUAUUUGAUCCAUUGUACAAACGAGCCGAACGUGUCAAUUCCACAGCUAGCCAACCUUCUAAUAGAGCGAUCACAGAAUGCGAACUGGGUCGUAGUAUUUAAAGCAUUAAUCACAGUACAUCACAUGAUGUGUUACGGGAACGAAAGAUUCACACAAUAUUUGGCUUCGAGUAAUAGCACAUUUCAAUUGAGUAGUUUCCUAGAUAAAAGCGGAGUGCAAGCUGGAGCUAGAGUCGGUUAUGAUAUGUCACCAUUUAUUAGGCGCUAUGCCAAAUACCUUAAUGAAAAAGCUAUGUCAUAUAGGACAGUUGCUUUCGACUUCUGCAAAGUUAAAAGAGGGAAGGAAGACGGCGUUCUGCGCACAAUGAACGCAGAGAACCUGUUGAAGACAUUGCCGGCACUGCAGGCUCAGUUGGACGCUCUGCUAGAGUUCGACUGCACGCCGACCGAUCUCAGCAACGGAGUCAUCAACAUGGCGUUCAUGCUGCUCUUCCGCGACCUCAUACGGCUGUUUGCCGGCUACAACGAUAGCAUCAUCAACCUACUUGAGAAAUACUUCGACAUGAACAAGAAACAGUGCCGGGAGGCGUUGGACCUUUACAAGAAGUUCCUGAUCCGCAUGGACCGGGUGGGCGAAUUCCUGAAGGUGGCCGAGAACGUGGGAAUCGACAAGGGAGAGAUCCCCGACCUCACCAAGGCACCAAGCAGUCUGCUAGAUGCAUUGGAGCAGCACUUGGCUGCCCUAGAAGGCAAGAAGGGGUCGGCCGCUAAUACACCCACACAGUCUGCUAGCCACCGGACAGACGUUAAGAGCGGCGUCUCGGCACUGAAUACGACGUCAUCGUCGUUCGGCACGGCGGCACAGCAGGCGGAGGGGGUGGAGGAGUCACUCCGUCAACAGGCACUCGCUGAGGAGGAGGCCGCCAUCAAUCAGUACAAGGCCAAAGUGCAAAGUCCAACAAGUACGGGCGCCGCUAAUAGUACAAAUCCAUUCCUUAUGUCGUCUCCAACGCAACCGAUUGUAGAUAUUUUCGGAGCUCCGGCCACCACUGCUAAUAAUCAGACGAGCAAGGCCUCUGAUGACCUUCUGCAGCUGGGAAAUCCGUUUGCUGACAUGUUUGGCUCUGCCGCCCCCAGUGCCGCCCCAGCAGCCGCCCCCGUAUCAGCACCCGCCAACGAUUGGAUGUCAAAUGGUUACAACAAUAGUUCUUCGAAUGUAUUCGUCAGUGACAAUACGUUUACAUCAGUGUUUGGAACAAACGAUACCAACACCACUGUUCCAGCUGCCGGAGGUGCUGCGGGUGCAGGAGCGGGAAUGGGUGCGGGUGCGGGAAUCGCAGCAGCAAAUCCAUUUGGUGGUGGCAUUGGGGAUCCACAACCACUCCAGCUGACAGACCCAGUUGCAGCAGCGCCUAUUGCCAGCAACAAGGUGUUGACUGGAGAUUUAGAUAGCAGUUUGGCUUCACUGGCUGAUAACCUCGUCAUCAAUAAACAUAGCCAGCCAAAUAAAGGUGUGCAAUGGAAUUCUCCAAAGAAUACUGCAAAAGCUGGAGGUCCUAGCUGGAGUCCCCAGCCCAUGGCUGCCACCACUGGAGCCAAUUAUAGACCUAUGGGCCAAGGAAUGGCUGGUAGUAUGCAGUUCCCACCUGUACAAACAAUGCAGGCUAUGGGUGGCAUGCGUAUGACGUCACCGGUGCCGGGGGCGGGGCAAGGGGCGGGUGCGCCCAUGGGGGGCAGUCCCCGCCAAAUGCAUCCCCAGGAGGCGGCUCCUCCACCUCUUGACCCUUUCGGGGCUCUGUGAAUGACAGGAAUUCAAAUGGAACUAAAGUCUUCGCACGUCUAGUGUAAAUAUACAUGAGAAAUUUACUAUGCAAAGGACAUUAUUUUGGUCGUUGUUUUAUGCAAAUUAUGUUCAUGGAGGAAACAUUACAUUCUCGAAGGGAUGUGUCACGAAAUUAGAAGUUUCAAUGUAUUUAGAACAACUAGAUAUUUAACGAAAUCAAUUAUUAAUCAAGAAAAGUUUCAAAUUCGAUUUGAAUGUCUCCUGUUAAGUUAAUGUUUUAAUUGUCGUUUUAUUAAAUGUGCGUUUGUUUAAAACUGUUGUUAUCUGUCAGAUUAAAAUUUGUCUCGAAAUUUUGAUAAUUUCGGAUGAAAUUCAUUGUGUUUAAAUGAAUGAAGUGUAUUUUAAUAAAGUUAGCAAUGCUGGGUUGCCUUUAUAUUGGCAAAGCAAUGGCUUCGGAUGAUAUGCGAACUAUUUUAUGAACUUGAAUGAAUUAAGUUUACAAAUUUCAUUUUUCUUUGAACUGAUAUAAUACACCGAUAUAUCUAACUUGUUAACAUUAUCUUAUAGGUUUCUAUAAAUAAUGUAUGUACGAUAGUAUCUGUUAUAAUAAUUUGUGAUUAUCUCUCCCAUUAUUUAUUCACAUGUAUCAUCCCCAGAUCGUCGUGUAUGUAAUAAUAAUAAAUGUAAUGAAAUGAGUAUUGAAUUAGAAUCAUAGGUUAGCUGUAAUGUAAGCAAAUUUACAUUGUAUUCUAGAAGAAAAAUGUAGUUGAAAUAUAUUAUACACUUACUACAUCUCUUCACACAGUAUUAUUGGUGUGUGAAAGAAUAAAUUGAAAGCCAAGCUUAUUACGUUAACGAUAUAUUAUAUAUAAAAUAUGUACGGCAGUCCAUGUUGAAAGUUUAGUACGCUUAGACCUACAGGCUAAUAAAUGUAAUUCAUAUAUAUAUUGUGAGAUAGUCUAAAGUGAUGUUGGUGGAUCUAUCCAACUUCCAUUGAAUUUUCACAAAAAUCUUCUUGUAAUUAAAGACUUUUGCCCAAUGC